AUGGCAAACAGAGGUAAUGAUAUCACUUACCAGGCCGGUGAACUAACCGGUCAAGUUCAGACGGGGGAGCAAGUGAAGAACAUGGCCCAAGGAGCAGCUGAGGCAGUGAAGAACACUCUGGGGAUGAACACAGAGAACAGUACUCCCACCGACAAUACUAGCAGCAUCAACCGCCCAAUCAACCCAAGCAACCCAUCCACUAGGAUUUGA